CACACCGGGAGGCGCGCGGGUGAAUAAGUCAACAGUCCCCGAGAGAAGCGGAGCGACGGAUCCCGUCCCCGGUCCCCGGUCCCCGGUGAGGACUCCGUCUCUGCGUCUCUGCGUCUCUGCGUCUCGGUGUUCGGUCCCGUUCGUCCCGGCGGCCCGAGAGGAGGCGCGCAGGUUUUAAAGGUGCGUCAGGUGGCACUGCAGUGAUGUCAUCGCUCCUCCUCUUCCUCCUGCCCCUCCUCGUCCUUGGCCGGGCCUUCGCGCUGGAGUUCCGUUACCACGACAACCACGAGAUUGAGCAGUACCUCGUCCAGAUCAGCAGCUCCAACCAAGACAUCACUCACCUGUACAGCAUCGGCCAAUCGGUCAGAGGUCAGCAGCUGUGGGCGCUGGCGCUCGGCCUCAGUCCUCGCCGACACACCGUCGGCAUCCCCGAGUUCAAAUAUGUGGCUAACAUGCAUGGAAACGAGGUCCUUGGCCGGGUGCUGCUGCUGCAUCUCAUCGACGACCUGGUUCGAGGUUACCGCGGCAACGAAACAUGGUCGCUGCAGCUCCUGAAGAGCACACGCAUCCACUUCCUGCCCACGAUGAACCCCGACGGCUUCGACGCGGCGGAUACCGACUGCGUGUACAGCCGGGGCAGGUACAACGAUAACGGCGUCGACCUGAACAGGAACUUCCCCGAUGCUUUCGCUGGGCUGAGGAGGACGCAGCAGGAGGAGGUGCAGCUGGAGAAGGAGGUCAGAGCUGUGAUUGGCUGGUUGAGGGCGGAAAGCUUCGUUCUCUCUGCCAACCUUCACGGAGGAGCGCUGGUGGCCAGUUAUCCCUACGACAACAGCAACGGAGGCAGCGAGAUGGUGGGCGGGACCAGCAUGGCGCCCGACAACGACGUCUUCGUGCACCUGGCCAAGGUGUACUCGCACAACCACGCCACCAUGCACCAUGGCAACGUCUGCAGCGACAGCCCCCCCUUCCCGGACGGCGUCACCAACGGUUACCAGUGGUAUCCUCUGGCAGGUGGGAUGCAGGACUAUAACUACGUGUGGUCUCAGUGUUUGGAGUUGACUCUGGAAGUUUCCUGCUGCAAGUUUCCUUCAGUCGAUCAACUUCCUGCUCUGUGGGCCGAAAACAGGAAGUCCCUACUGGCCUUUAUCCAGCAGGUCCAUCUGGGGAUCAAAGGCCGCGUGUUUGAUGGCUCCGGCGUGCCGGUGCAGGACGCGGUGGUGGAGGUCAAAGGUCGGCGAAACAUGUGUCCUUUCAAAACCGACCAGCGCGGAGAAUAUUACAGACUGCUGCUGCCUGGAAAUUACAGCUUCACGGUGACGUACCCGGGUCACGAGGUUUUGACGGAGACGCUGAGCGUGCCGUACGGCCCCGACGGCUACUCCGCCAUGAAACACGACUUCCUGUUACGCCGCGCCGCUGCCACCACGGGGGGCGUCUCGGCCCCCCCCACCGCGGCCAACCCAACGCCACCCUGCAACUACACUCCGCGCCUGGAGGGGGGCGGAGCCAACACCGGACCCUCGUGGGCGGGGCUGAGCGCGGGGCUCGGGGUGGUGGCGGCGGUACGGUCGCUGAUUGGCUGAAGAGGCGCGGCGUGCGCGGCGUAGCUUUGAACCCUCGCACUGCGAGGAGCAGGGAGGGAGACUCUGUUUCCUGCUGUUGUUCAUGGAGGUUCAUCAUAUUUCCUAAAAAUAAGUUAUUGGACUGUAAGAAACACUCAUAUGAAGCAAACCCCUCAGACUCUGGACACCUAUCGCCCCCCCCCCCCUCUGCUUCUACUGUUUAUGAUGCUUGUUUGGCUAAUAUACAUAACUACCUGCUGAGUACCUCACGCUACUACCAGUACUACGAGUACACCUUCUACCAAGUACCUCACGGCUACUACCAGUACUACGAGUACACCUUCUACCAAGUACCUCACGGCUACUACCAGUACUACGAGUACACCUUCUACUGAGUACCUCACGGCUACUACCAGUACUACGAGUACACCUUCUACCAAGUACCUCACGGCUACUACCAGUACUACGAGUACACCUUCUACCAAGUACCUCACGGCUACUACCAGUACUACGAGUACACCUUCUACCAAGUACCUCACGGCUACUACCAGUACUACGAGUACACCUUCUACCAAGUACCUCACGGCUACUACCAGUACUAUGAGUACACCUUCUACCAAGUACCUCACAGCUACUACCAGUACUAUGAGUACACCUUCUACCAAGUACCUCACGGCUACUACCAGUACUAUGAGUACACCUUCUACCAAGUACCUCACAGCUACUACCAGUACUAUGAGUACACCUUCUACCAAGUACCUCACGGCUACUACCAGUACUACGAGUACACCUUGUACUGAGUACCUCUGUAGUUAAUGUAGUAAUAAUGAAGAUCCAGCCAAUGACUGAAGGCCGGAGGGAAAAGACAGAAGACAUUGUCUCUUUGGACGAGCCGUCCACAGGAAGCUGUCUGUGGGGAGACGUCUCAUUUGGGGAACCUGACGAUGUCGUUUCGUAUGUGAGGAGCUGCACUUUAAAAUUAGCACCUGCAGGGAGUGUUUUUAGAAAGGGGGGGGUCAAACCGGAGGGCGUUGAAAUGAAGCGAACCCGGUGACGCAUCAAUCUGGGCUCAAUGAGGUGCGCUUGAUUCAUUGUCUGACAUGUUUUCAUACGGGUUUGUGGGGCAUUUAUACCUUUAUGAAAGAUAGUUGAGUCCAGUUAUAGAUUUUAAAUAACACUGAGUAUUUAGCUUUGCCCACAUUUUACCAAGUGCCUCCAUGGCAGCACGAUGCUUCCUGUUUACCCCCCCAAAGCAUUGUGGGAAUUAUCAUCCCCCAAACACAAAGAAGGACGAAGCCUUAAAGGUCAACUUGGUUAGAUUUGUAUUAUGAAUAUUUGAAGUAGAAAAGUCUCUUAUUUGUUGCCCAAAGGGUUGUGACCCACUGGUUAAAACAGGGAAUCAAACCUGUGACCUGCUCUCGCAGUAUCUGUACCCAGUGCGUGUAUUUAUACACAGUAUCUGUACCCAGUGUAUUUAUACACAGUAUCUGUACCCAGUGUAUUUAUACGCAGUACUUGUACACGGACGCGUAUCGGGUGGACAGCGACUCCGGUGUCGGCUCGCUUUAACGGUGAGGUCAGUGGACUCCUCCUCCUCCUCUUCUUCAUCACUCUGCCAAAUAUCCUCGUCUGUGUCCUAGUGUCUGAACAGGGUCACAUGGACGAUGUGUGUCAUGUGAUACCGAUGAUGUAUCAGUGUGUUGCUUCAUAACCCUCCGUUGCUGCUAUAAACUGAGGUGUGAACACCUGAAACCAUCGACCUCCUGAGUGUUUGUUCUCGCGUUCUGUGCGCUGCUGCCCCCUGCUGGGAGGGCUCAGGACACUGAUUAGGAUGUCACCAUGAUGUCACCAUGAUGUCACACUCAUGUCACACUC